CAAAAUACACCGACCGUAACUACUGCCACUUUCAGUUUUCUUCUUCCUCUUCAAUCUUCAUCAAACCGCUAUUCACCACCACCACUUCGCCGGAAUCUUUGCCUUCUUCUUUCUCCUCUCACUAUCUCCGCCGCCGCCGCCGCUUCACGUUCCCCACACUCAAAACUGCGCAAAUCUCUGCCUUGUGGGGGCCCUCUUUCCUUCAAGAGAUUUAACAAUUAACAAAAUUCGUCGUCGUCUUUAAUUUCACUUUCUUGAUUCUUCGAGGCGAUGCAUUUAAUACCCACUUAACACCAACUUUGAUUCGCCUCGUUUUACGCCAUCAAAUUUCCCAAAAUAAAAAAAUAAUAAUAAUAUUUCAAAUUUCCUCACCCUCCGGAAAUGAUGAAGGUUUGAUGAUGGUAUCAAAAAUGUGCAGAGUGGGGGACGAAAAUGAAAAUGAAAGCAGACGAGAAAACGAGGUUUACUGCGAUUUGGGAGUGAAUUAUUUGGGCGAAAGUAAAGCCAAAUUAAUUAGGGUUUCCCAUGGUAGAAUGAAGCUAUGGACACUGAGAAUUAUUACAACGUUAUUGCUAUGGACAUGUAUUAUUCAAUUGGUCGCCAUUGGAGAGGUUUGGGGGCCUAGGUUAUUGAAGAGUUGGCCUUCUUGCUCCAGCCCCCCCAAUUUGUAUAUUCCCCCUAAUUUAUCUUCUCUUCAAUCAACAAACCAUUUUCCACUAAAAAGGGUGUAUGAGAACAAUGGAUAUCUCGUUGUUUCUUGCAAUGGAGGACUUAAUCAGAUGCGAGCGGCGAUAUGUGAUAUGGUUGCUAUUGCUAGAUAUCUUAAUAUCACUCUUAUCGUACCCGAGUUGGAUAAAACGUCGUUCUGGGCUGAUUCGAGUGAUUUUGAGGAUAUAUUCGACGUGGAUCAUUUCAUUUCAUCUUUAAGAGACGAGGUACGGAUAUUGAAAGAACUUCCGCCUAGGCUUAAACGGAGAGUUGAACUCGGAAUGUUCUACGAGUUACCUCCCAUUAGUUGGUCGAAUAUUUCCUACUACCGUCACCAGAUUCUUCCGCUACUAAAGAAACAUAAAGUCGUGCAUCUGAAUAAAACCGACGCGCGUCUUGCUAAUAACGGGCUACCGCUCGAGAUUCAGAAAUUACGUUGUAGAGUAAACUACAGUGCUCUAAGAUUUACUUCACAAAUAGAGGAUUUAGGCAGAAAAGUGGUCGAAAUGCUGAGAAAAAAGGGGCCUUUUUUGGUCCUCCAUCUUAGAUACGAGAUGGAUAUGUUGUCGUUUUCUGGUUGUACGAAAGGGUGCAACACUGAUGAAGUGAAUGAGCUUACUACAAUGAGAUAUGCUAACCCGUGGUGGAAGGAGAAAAUCAUUGAUCCGGAAAUUAAAAGGAAGGAAGGUUUAUGCCCUUUGACACCCGAAGAAACUGCUUUAGUUCUCACUGCACUCGGUAUUGAUAAAAAUGUUCAAAUAUAUAUUGCUGCUGGAGAAAUAUACGGUGGAGAGAGAAGAUUGAGAAGUUUGUCGAAAGUAUUUCCAAAUCUGGUGAAAAAGGAGACGUUGCUUGAACCAUCGGACUUGAUGUUUUUCCGAAACCACUCGUCACAAAUGGCGGCUUUGGAUUACCUUGUCUCGAUGGAGAGUGAUAUAUUCGUUCCCACAUAUGAUGGAAACAUGGCUAAAGUCGUUGAAGGACACCGCAGGUAUUUAGGGUUUAAGAAGACAAUUGUACUGGACAGAAGAGUUUUGGUUGGUUUGAUAGAUGAAUAUAGUGAUGGAUCAUUGAGCUGGAAUGAGUUUUCAUCCUCUGUGAAGGAGGCGCAUGCUAACAGGAUGGGGAGCCCGAAGAAUCGCGUUGUGAUUUCUGAUAAACCGAAGGAAGAAGAUUACUUUUAUUCCAAUCCACAGGAAUGUUUUGCAGACGGCGAAACCGAAAGCGUUGUAGGUUGACCUAUUUUCGCCUUACAGCAAAUCACACACAGCUUGUGUGUGUAAAUUUUUUAGACAAGAAAUGUGUACUUGGUUCAAUCUAAGUUAUACGUCAUUCUUUUAGAGUUUUCGUUUAU